GCGGCUGCGGGGUGGGUGGAACCGGGAGCACCCUCCGAUGAUAAGACUGAAGAGGCAAAGAGAAAGGCCUAGAGAACGGGGGUCCCUCGCCUUAGCCAAAUAGCCAUGGCGUUCUCUACAACGGCUAACAACUGCUCUGUAGUUUCUUCUUUUCUUUCUAGUAACUCUUCGACAAGGCAUAAGAGAGUAAGAAACAUUAGCAUUUGUGCCAAGCAAAGCACGAGUAGUUCGUUGCAGUUGCAGUACAGAAAACUCGGGGACUCUGACCUUCAAGUUUCUGAAGUUACGCUUGGAACGAUGACUUUUGGGCAACAAAACACCGAGAAAGAAGCCCACGAACAAUUGAGUUAUGCUUAUGAACAUGGGAUUAAUAUUAUAGAUACUGCAGAGGCAUAUCCAGUUCCAAUGAAACAAGAGACGCAGGGAAGAACAGACAUCUACAUUGGUAACUGGCUCAAGUCAAAGCCCAGAGAUAAGAUUAUUUUGGCCACAAAAGUCUGCGGUUACUCAGAGCGGUCAUCUUAUCUGCGCGAAAAUGCCAAAGUUUUACGGGUUGAUCGUUAUAAUAUUAGAGAAAGUGUAGAGAAAAGUCUCAAGCGGCUGAACACUGACUACAUAGACUUACUGCAAAUUCAUUGGCCAGACCGCUAUGUGGCCUUAUUUGGUGAUUUUUCUUACGAUCCUUCAAAAUGGAGGGCAAGUGUGCCAUUUACAGAGCAACUGAGGGCAUUUCAGGAACUUAUUGAAGAAGGAAAGAUACGCUACAUUGGUGUUUCAAAUGAAACUUCAUAUGGAGUGAUGGAAUUUGUUCACGCAGCAAAAAUUGAAGGAUUGCCAAAGAUCGUUAGUAUCCAAAAUAAUUACAGUCUUAUAAACAGAUGCCGCUUUGAAGUCGAUCUUGCUGAGGUUUGUCAUCCAAAUAACUACAAUAUUGGCUUGCUUGGUUAUUCUCCGUUGGGUGGUGGAACUCUGAGCGGCAAAUACUUGGAUGCCAAUUCUCAAGGUGGAGGAAAAGGAAGGCUGAGCCUCUUCCCAGGCUACAUGGGUAGAUACAACAAAUCUAUUGCUAAGGAAGCAACAGCUCAUUAUGUACAGUUAGCCAAAAAGUACGGCCUAACUCCAGUACAGCUUGCGCUUGGGUUUGCUCGAGACCGUCCAUUUAUGACGAGUUCAAUAAUAGGUGCAACGUCCAUGGACCAACUCAGAGAAGACCUUAAUGCUUUCACGAUGACCGAGCGGCCAUUGCCGGCAGAACUCAUGGCAGACAUAGAAGCUAUUUUCCAGAGAUACAAAGAUCCAGCUAUCUAGGAGUAGGACUACCCUCGGUGUUCUUGGGACUGCGUUUCGUUUUGUGCGCACGUGAAAAGGUCAAUUAGCGAAAGAUUGUACAUUCGUUAUGCAUGACAUUUAAUAUCAAAAUUAUUUUUGGUUCAUUCAAAUUAGUUUGGGGCCAUUUCAUUUCUGCCUCCUAUCUAUGAUCCUGGACUUAAUAGAAAGUGGUUAUCAUUAAAUGGUGUUGACACUGC